AUGGCCCUCCUCCGAAAUGGCCCCUUAUUCAGGGCCUCAAUCUCACCCUCAAACUCCACUCUCCGCCGACCGAUAACCCCCAGAUUCGAACCCCAGGUAUUCCGCCGAACACGCCCACAACGCCGACACAACUCCAACCACUCUACAGGCCAUCCUACAGGGAAAGCACCUGCCGAGAGAAAUACCACACGUGAAACCCCACCGCACUCGCACCAUUCAACCGCCUCAACCCCACCCCAGCUGCCCAACACAACUUCCGCCGCUACAGCCGCAGCCGCAGCCGGGGCGGCGACCACACCGGCGCGAAUUCGUGGAUUCCGCGAGGUGAUAAAGGCUGGCCCGGUCGGGAAAUUCGGAAGAUGGUAUGCGCGGGUGCAGGCGCGCAAGCCGUACACGACACAGUUCUGGAGCUCGAUCAUCAUCUACCUGUGUGGUGAUCUGAGCGCGCAGAUGCUAUUUCCUUCUGAGGUUCCUGUUCCUGCGCUAUCGGACUCGGAAGAUGGGGAUGUGGUUGCGCAGGGGGGUGGGGGCACUGUGAGCGCUGGCUAUGAUCCGCUCAGAACUCUGCGUCAUCUGUGUGUGGGUGCUGGGUCGAGUAUUCCGUCUUAUAAAUGGUUCAUGUUCCUCGGCAACCAUUUCAACUACCCGAGCAAGUUGCUCUCGAUCUUGACGAAGGUCGUUGUGCAGCAGACGUGCUUUACUCCUGUCUUCAACACGUACUUCUUUAGCGUGCAAUCUCUGCUUGCUGGUGCAACGCUUGACGAGACCUGGGAGCGAUUGAAGAAGGCUCUCCCAGUUAGCAUCCAGAACAGUGUCAAGCUCUGGCCCGCUAUCACCGCGUUCAGCUUCAUGUAUGUGCCAGCGCAGUUCCGGAAUGUUUUCUCUGGGUGUAUUGCGGUUGGCUGGCAGACUUAUCUGAGCUGGUUGAAUCAGAAGGCUGCUAAGGAGGUUGCGGCUGCCGAGGCGCUCGCUGCGACAGAAAAAGAAGAGGAUCUGUUGACCAGUUUACUGAACAAAGCCGUCGCCAAAUACGCGACCGACGCCGACGCCACUUCGAUCUUGACACCAACCUGGAUCUCGACCCCAACGCCGAUCGAAUACACCACCGUACCCAAAUCCCCCGAACUCGCCGAACUCGAGUCAUUGCGCCCGGAAGCUCUAGAGGCACUCGUUGCUGACAUCGAGGAUGGUAUUGAGCCAGCUAGCGUUCGGCCGCCUAAGGUGCUGGGUCGGGCAGGGCCUCGCUCGGCAUGGCGGCAGCCGCAGCCUCGACCAGGUCAGGCGGUUAGAUCGGGCGCGAGUGCGAGUGCAAUGGGGAGGUCAAGCCCGCGCACUGGCAACAGCAACAGGAACAGCCCGUUUGUCGAGAACUCCAAUUCAACCGAAGGCCGAGUAAAAGAACGCGAGCGCAACGUAGCGCGCGCGCUCGAGUGGACACAGCAGGAUCCCGAAGCCGCGGCGCUCGAUACUCGACCCCCCGUUGAACGGUUCCGGCAAGCACCCAACAAAGCGUUCUCGGUGACUGAUCUCGUCUCACCAGCUUGGUGCGAGCUGCAGUACUGGUUCACGUUGACCAAACAUGGAGGGCAGAAGAAGAGGACUGCUGCAAUGAAGAAAGGGAGUUCCAUACACAAGACUCUCGAGGAUGAGAUCUACACUACCGUUCCCGUGGAAAUCACGACCAAAGAGGACGCGUGGGGUCUCAGGAUAUGGAAUAUCAUCCAGGGACUGCGUAUGCUGCGCGAAUAUGGCAUCACGCGUGAGAUGGAGGUUUGGGGCGUUGUCGAUGGUGAAUUUGUCAAUGGCAUUAUUGAUCAGUUGUCCUACGAGUGCCCGGACCCAGAGCUUGAGGCUACUGCUGCUGGGUACUAUGCGGAUGCUGUAGCGUCACGAGCGGCGCUCCCAGAGUAUCAAAUGUCCUUGUCGGACUUUUUGCUUUCUUCUUCGCAAGGCGGGAUAAAGCUGUCGGAUUUGGGACAAGGUGAAGUUGAGAAAACGGGGCAAACUGAGUUGGAACUACCUGCGGCGGUCUAUGACCUGCCCAGGAUUUAUUUGACAGACGUGAAGACGAAGGGUAAUCGAUCACUACCGAAUGUCAAGAGCACGGGCUUCCGACCUACUCUUCUCCAGUUGCAACUCUACUACCAUAUGCUCAACCGGCUGAUUACAAGCGACGAUGUUACUAUUGACCUCCUCGCCGCUCGCUAUGAUUUCAACGCCGAGAAACCGUUCACAAACGCCUUCGUCUCGGAGGUUGGCGGCCUGAAUGACCAAUUCUUCGACGCUCUCUCCUCCCAAGAAUCUGAACAGAACGAGGGUCCUUCUACUGCUAGCCAAGACUCAACCGGCAUCCUCCUAACACACAACAACCUCUCCCGUCUUUGGAGUCUCAUGAUACAACAACUUCGCCUCACAUUCCUCCCUGAAAACUCCGCCGACACACAAUCCGUCGCACCAUCUAUCCCAUCAGUCUCCCAGCCAGAGCUCUUGGAAUCAUACUCAACCCUCCUCUCCCCAGUACUUACAGCUAGAUACCUUUCAUCUGUUGCCAACGAAGACCUAGACAGACAGCUCAUCGGAAACAGAUCUUUCCUCUUUGAUCCGACAACCCUUACCUCCCACCUCACCGACCAGAUGACCUGGUGGCGUGGCAAGCGAGAUCCCCGUGGCGUGGAUAUUAUGGACGCGUGGAAAUGUCGGAUCUGUGAAUUCCGCGAUGAGUGCUCUUGGCGUGAGGAGCGUGAGAUGGCUUAUGCGAGACGGGGCGGGGGUCGGAGAGCUGAGCCCAUUGCAGAUAUAUGA